UGAGACAACACUGAAGCUCUCCCAGCAACUGAGGCCAGAAGCUCUUCAGUGAGCUCUUAGUCGUCCUGGUGUCUAGGUCGUUGUCUCUCAGCUUCCUCGCGAGCUCAAUUCGCUCCCCGUUGUUGCUCGCUGAUCACUCUUCCGCGAAGGAAGGGCACCCUGACACCCUGGGCUCUCAGCCAGCACUCACUUGAAGUUUGAACACGUGUCUGGCUAAAGUUGGUGAUCACGUGACUGAACUUCGGGCACGUCAAAACUUCAUUUACUUCGUGGUUGCUUUUGAAGUUGGAUACGUGAAAAAAGGCGUUUUAAUAUUAUUAUUAUUAUUUUUUUUAAAUCUUAACAUGCUGGUCUAGUUAGACGUAAUAGAUAUAUAACUAUUAUUUUCCCGGAAUUGUACAUAUAAACUACGCGAAGACAUAUAUAAAACACUCAUAAAUAAAUAUACGCAGUUACGUUAUAAAUACAAGCUUUUUUAUAUCAGAGUAACGUCCUCAUUAUGUAAAUAUAUCGGUAAAAAGUGAUUAUCUUACUUUUCUUAAUAAAAUUAUGAUAACUUGAAACCUCAAACCCUCCAAAAAUAGAGAAAAAAAAAUUACUCACUGCAAAUUUCCUCCGAAAUAAGAUUAACGAAAAAUAAAGACAAACAGACUGAGAAAAUAGAUAAUUAAAUUAAUUGAAUACAAGGAAGCCGAAAAUCACCGUAAUCAUUAAAAUAAUCCUGAAGACUAAUCUCUCGACGAAGAAGAAGAAGAAAAAGAAAAGGAAGAAAAAGAAAAAGAAGAAGAGAGAGAGAGAAAAAAAAAAACCCGCUUCAUCCUCCUUCUACAGCGUCGCCUUCAGCAUGGCCCCAGGGUCGCAACGAGGGCUUCCGGAGACGAGAGGAGAGGCAGAACACCGCCUGGGCCUUCUGCAGGAUCAGGAGAGCAGCGUGAGGGUUGUCGCCUUUGAUCAGAGUCAAGAUCAUCAAGGAAACCUCCACCACUGGAAUGAAAAAUGAGAACUUUUAUGUCGAAAAUGAUAAAAGUAACUUCGAGAAUCAUGAGGAGAAAGAAACCAUGAUAAAAGAAAGGAAUGAAAGAGGCGAGAAUCAGGAAGAGAAAGAACACACAAUAAAGGAAGGAAAUGAAAGAGGCGAGAAUCAGGAAGAGAAAGAACCCACAAUAAAGGAAGGGAACGAAAAAGGCAUAGGAAUGGAAGAAAGAAGAGGCAGUAAUAAAACAGAAGAAGAAGAGAGACCGACUGACCAUGGAAAAAGGGGUCUAGACCGGCAACGUAGAUACAGGGACCUUCUUGCUUAUUGGCUACUCGGUUUUUGCAACAACUUCACCUACUGGGUUAUGAUCACAGCCGCCUACGACCUACUCACGCCCGACACCCAACAAAUGUACGUGGAGAGAUCGCAGGACCAAGGGCACGCAACGGACCUACAGCAGACGAGUUCCUACAGGAGUCCUACAGCUGUUCAAGGCGAAGGAGGAGGAGGAGGAGGAGGAGGAGGGGGAGGAGGGGCGUCUUGGCCAAACAUAUCUUCACAGCUCUCUGUUGACAACACCUUUAAGUGUCAGAGGCAUUCUACUGGGGCAAUCCUCAUCGCCGACACCCUGCCUGCCACAGCCCUCACCCUCGCAGCACCUGUGGUACUACUAAUCGCUGUGAACCUACGAGUGGCGUUCAUUUGCAGCCUUUGCGUUGCAUCUUACCUUACACUAGGCCUAGCACCUCCUAAGUUCGUGUUCCUGGGUGUGGCAUUGGCUUCGGCUUCGAGGGGUUUCUCCGAUACGACAUUCCUCGGACACGCGUCUCGGUAUCACAAACACGUACUCUCCCUCUGGUCUUCGGGCACGGGGAUAGCCACCUUUAUAGGUCCUCUGCUCUACUCGACCCUCACUACGGCGGGAGUCGAGCCACGGCGCGCUCUGCUCUCCUUUCUGAUGGUACCCGCCGUCAUCGCCCUAAGUUUUUGUUGUGUUCUGAGUAACUACGACGACCGCCGCGCAAGAUCGGACGUGGAAAUGGUGCUUGAAGUGGAGAGAGAGUGGCCGAAGAAGAAAAGAAUGGCCGCUAAGAUUCAAGAAAAACUCGAUCUGUUCAUGAGAGCGCAAAAGUACAUAUUUCCCUUGUCCGUUUUCUACAUGAUGAUGUAUUUAACGAACCAGGGAUUGCUAGAAAUGGUAUUCUUCCCCGGGUCCAUGCUGACACACGCGCAGCAGUACAGCUGGAGCAACACAACGCGCUGUCUUGGCACUCUCAUCUCCAGAAGUGCCCACAAAUUCUUCCUCAUACCCAAUGCAUGGAUAUAUAAUGGACUAGCUCUGGCGAUACUCGUCACGGUGGGCACAGAAGCCUAUUACCAUUACCUUCCCUCCGAGUACAUCGUCUUUUCACUAUUAUUCCUUCAAGGACUCCUAGAGGGCGCUGCCUUCAGGACAACUGUGUUUAGGAUACAAAACAAGACAACUGAAAAAGAACAAGAGUUUUGUCUCGGCGUCUUUCCAGUGUCACUGUUUCUACCCGCAGUGCUUGCUGGCCUCGCAUCACUUCCCAUACAUGACUAUCUGUGUGAGAAUCACUUGUACGCUCAGUAGAUACCCGUUUAAAAGGAGAGAGAGAGAGAGAGAGAGAGAGAGAGAGAGAGAGAGAGAGAGAGAGAGAGAGAGAGAGAGAGAGAGAGAGAGAGAGAAGAAAAAAUGUAUUUGUUCUUUUCUGCUGGUUUUUGUCUAAAUUCAUAGAACCAAAGGAGAAGGAAGUUUAUGAACAAACUGAAAGAUGUAAUUAGAGUGUCUUAAUAAAAUCCUUCGUGUUUUAAGGUCGAUUUGCGUUAGGUUAAAACUGAUCUACGCGCAUUGCUUUACGUAUUAGAUGUAUAAAUUACUAACAUAAUGCUAUGUUCCCAGUGCCAUCCAUUGUAUCUUUGUAACUUAACUUAGGAAUUGAAAUUUUAUUAUUCUGUAAAUAUUUUUUAAAAAGCAAACUUUUUUUGCUGGAGAUAUAACUUAUUACAUAAAUAGAAACUGUUCAUAUAUCUAUUCAAAACAAAAUGUUAUCUCUUCAUGCAAAUUUCACAGAACAGAUGUUCUUUUAGCAUCUCGUCCCUUCAUUAACAUUAGUCAGCAUUUAGCUCUUUUUGAUUUAUUACUGAGUAUUUUAAAUUCAUGAACACGUGUACAAAUGUCAAAGUACAAAUUAUUGUUUUUGUUCUAAAAGUUAAAAUACUACUUUAAUUGGAAUUUCAAUAUUGUGAAAAAUGAAAAUGAAGUUAACUGUUGUGACCUCAUGAAGAUGUGUGAUACUUAACGUCUAAUGCAUUUUGUUUUUUCAGUUAGAUAUCUAGAUGAAUGCUCUUUUUACUUUUAAGUCUAGACAGACUAUA